CUAAUUGUUGUGAUAAACUUAUUAAAUAGAACUAAUAAUGUCAUACUAUAAAGUCCUAAACGUAGAGCGUGAUGCAACUGAACAGGAAAUCAAGAAGGCGUAUCGGAAACUUGCCCUUAAAUACCACCCUGAUAAAAAUCAAACUGACAAAGAAAAUGCAGAAAAGAAGUUCAAAGAAGUUUCGGAGGCGUACGAAGUUCUAGCAGAUGCAAAUAAAAGAGUAUUAUACGACAAAUAUGGAAAAGAAGGUUUGACAAGAGGUCCACCUCCAACACAACAACCAGGAAGACAGUAUGACAUGUUUGGCGGACCACAAUUUACUACUGGAUUCCAUUUCCGCGAUCCUUUUGAAAUGUUCAACGACUUCUUCAAAAACGACCCGGUGUUUGACGACUUGUUUCCUGAGUUCGGAAAGUUCAACAAUCAACACGAGUUCAAAAACCACGAGAAGACCCGACGUUUCUCAUCUGGACCUCGGAUGGCGACGAACUCGUUCUUCGGAGGCGGCUUCGGAGGAUUUAACGAUCCCUUCUUCUCCUCUUCUUCAUUUGCUUUUCAAUCUAGCUCUAGUAGUUUUGGCGGAGCUCUAGGCGGUGGGAAUUUCACGCGAAAAGUAUCAACGUCAAGCCGGAUGGUAAAUGGGAAGCAAAUAGUGACCGAGAAAGUGACUGAGAACGGAGUGACAACGGAAACCGUCCGAGAGAACGGACAAGUCAUCUCACAGAAGACUAUCACAGGACCAACUUCAUCAACUAUGAAAAGCAAGGCAAUCGGAAAGAAAUAAACUCAACCAUGCCAAAUCAGACAAAUUAAAUCAGAUCAACUUUAAAACUCCUACUGGACCGACUAAUUUUUGUUCUACGUGCUUUUUUCAGACAUUGCCCAGUGUUAUUGUUGUUUUAUAAUAUUCACUGUAUUUCAACAGUAUAAAGUUAAAUUAAAUGUAUACAAAUGUGCAUUAUUUUCAGUUUUUAGAUAAAUUUAGAAUAAAAUCGAA